AUAUAUGAAUAUAGGAAGAGUGCAUUUUCUGGGGCAAAAAAGACAACUCCCCAUGCUCCAACCGCAGGCGGCUGAUCAUCUAUUCUUGUUAAAUUAGGAGCAGAAACACCCACCACCGUUUGACUGUGAUACUUGGCUCCAGUCAAUACAUGGAAUGCUGCGCAGGAGGAACAAAAUGAUGAUGAGCAUGUUACACAAUGAAAAGUAGCUCUUCCAAUGCUGCUGUACUGUCAGAUCUUUUCCUGUAUUUUACCAACAAUCCUUCAGGGACUGGCUUGUGAACCUCAUGGGAAGAGCUCAGUGAAGAUGGUGAUGUUUGCGUUCGAUACACUGUGUCUUACAAACCCCAAAGACUGGAGCUGUUUGAAGAUGAUGUAAAAAUAAAGGUGGCGUUACCCUUUAGAAAGAGUAAUUAUGGGACCAGGCAUUCAAGAAUAUCCCUUAUUACUGCACGGAGAGAGACAGAAAAAGGAGAGCCAAAUCAAUGAAAGCCACAAAGGAAUGGUAAAUAAUGGAAAAAGCCAUCUGAGCACCAAAGGACUAAAUAAACCAAUUUUGUGUAUGAAACCUUCUCCUGGAAGAUUAGACAAAAAUGUAUCAAGUGCCAUUGAAAAGAUUCCGCAUGACACUCAAGAUGGUAACCAACCAACUAUUCUUAAGAAGGGAAGAAACAUUCUGGAUGACAGUACGCAGCCAAAGAGGACCACAAGUGUUUGCACGUCACUGCACAGAGUACAAGGACCAAAGAGGAGUCUCCCAGAAAGAAGGCAGAAUGAAUCUUUUCUGCACAGGAUCCCUCUUAGCACAAAGGACAGCACACAAGGUAGCUUCUGCAGGGUUAAAGACUUCCCAGUGCAACAUUUUUACUGCAGUAAAAAAGAACAGUUGGAAAAGAAUCACAAAGAACAUGUUGCUGUAGCUGGUCCAUGCUCUUCUAAAUGGCAAGAAGCAUCUGUACAUGAAAUGUUUCUUGAUUUUGAAUCAGUACAAAUUAUUAAAGAAGAUGCUGAAGAUGAUAGUGCCAGUGAUCUCUCUGAUUCAGAAAGGAUUCCCAUUCCCCCAUCUCCCUGCACACCACCAGAACUCAUUCUCAGAGCUGAAGAAAUUGAUCCAGUUUGUUUGGAACACGUCCCUGAUACAGGUUUUAAAGAAUCAGAAUAUUACUACCCAGACUUCCUCCCACCCCCUUUCAACUCAUGGGACUUAAAGCAACUGGCCAUCUUUGUUAACGUAGAGGGUAAAACUGAACUUCGACCAAAGCCAACAGGAUUUCUUCAGAAAUACAUUGAUCGCCUUUUGCAGCUGGAAUGGCUGCAGAUGCAGACUGUACAGAACGAGAAAGGAAAGGCAGCCAAAGCCAGGCCACAGACUGCUCCUGGCUCUGUCCGUACCCUAAAAAGCCCUGGCAAAGGCAAAGCAUUGCUCAGCCCUUUGCCUAACAAGCAGCUGGUUCCCCAAGAAAGUGUUACAAAGCUUCCCAGAAGCUAUUUGGGUCACAGGGGAGAUUCAUACUGUGAAAAAAGUCGCCAGUUAUAUUCUCAUGCAGGUCACUUGAAGCUUUCAGAGAGAACGGGAUGUGCAAUGUCUUCUCAGAGACAAUCUGGAGAAGUAAGGAGCGAACUGAAAAAAAAACCAGCUGCAAAGCAACAGCUUCUCAAUGUGGAACCCUCCGAGAAUGGUUCUAAAAUUCAAAGUGUUGGUAAUAUCAGACCCCCUAAGCAAACCCCAGUAUUUCAUGGUUCAGCUGCUCCCAUCAGAGGCUUAAAAGCAUAUGCGUGUACAAAUCCAAAGAAAAAUGGCAAUGUCAACAGUUACGUUCCUUCAAAAAAACCAAUAGGGGACAGGAAAAUAAAUGGCACAAAGCAAACAUCGUGCAAAUUCAAAUGAAGAAAAAAUCAUCAGUAAAUCUUAAUGAUUCUUGACUGCUACAAAGCAUUUGGCCAAUGCGGGGGGGGGGGGUGUGUCAUAUUUUCUUUAUAGGAAGAUCCUAAGAAACUAUGUUCUUGAUGCAUGGCUCUAAGUCAGCGCUGUUCAUUCUAUGAUUUCAGUACAUGUGAUCCUAAGCCAGCAAGGCCAGCAGGAAAUCCUUUUCCUGAAGGCAGGUGUCUUCCACUGGUCUUUCCUCAAAAAUAUUUCCAGUUGCUCAAUGAAGGUAACAAUAGCAGAGUAUGAAAGUUUAGUGAAAUAUGUAAUUAUAGCAUGUCCUAUUUGCACCAGUGGAAGUCUACUGAAGUCUCUGGUGUUUCUCACACUUACCAUAGUAUAUUUGAAACAAUAGGAUUCAUGCUCUUCCUGAAGAGAUGUGUUAUUUUGUGAGACAGGUUUGAUGGUGUUUUCUGAUGGAAAAGGGUUCAAACUGUUUUUAUAAAACAAUGGAGCAUGCUUAUCUAUGCAAAGUCAAACUGAUUCUCACAGAAGAUGAUGGAUUUUUUUGAUGAAUUAGAUAUUUUUUAUAAGGAUGGAGAUAAUGUUUUGAAAUAUUUUAAUGAAGAAAGGAUUCUUUUUAGGACAAAAAAUUAAUAGGGAGCAGAAAGCUUCACUAGUGACAGGUUAAGAAAACUGAAUGUGUAUUUUUAUACCCAGGAAUUUUCACUGUGUUUACAGACAGCUUUUCUUGAGAAGUUUCUUUUGUAAGCUUUGUCAUUCAGAGGGAAUGACCAAAUUUCAAACUGUACAUGGAUAUGUAUGACUAAUGCAAAGUGAGGGUGUUCCUAGAGACUCUGUGGCCUAGUUUGCAGAAUGGGUAGCCUCUCAAAACAUAAAAAAUGGACUCUUGGGGAUGAAAUUAAAGGCUUUUGUUAGUUCAAGUAAAGAUAUAUUUUGGUAGAAAAGAUACCUAUUUUCAGUUACCCGAGAUGAUUAUUAUUUAUCCCAUGGACCAGCCUACUUCAGUUAGCAUAGAUUCUUUUUUCAAGGUUAGUGAACAAACAUGGGGAAAUACCCUACAGAAAUAAAUGGUACAACCAGGAGCAAGUCCUGUCUUCAGACCCUCUGUUUUCUCUUGUGUCCAUGAGGUACAAGAGAAUACAAAGGACGGUUCAGUGACUAUUCAAGUUUCAGUUCAUCUGCCACAGUUUCCAAUCAAUCACAGCAGCUGGAGGGACAUUCUUGUUAAAAAUGAAAUUCCAGAGGAAGUUUUGUACUUUCGUUUUAGAUUGAAUUACUGAGCAGCAUUAACUUCACCCUCAACAACCAGAGACAGUGAAUUGUUCCUGAGAAGUGAUCUGAGGUCUGACAGACCGGAUUUUGCAAGUGGAUCCUUCACAUUAUGAUAGAAAAUGAAAAAGUAGCAAAUAUUAAAGAGUACAUUAUGUAUAUAGUUAAAUUGCACUUCUGUUGUUGAUCUCAUAUGGGUUUUAAGAUGCUUAGCUGUUUCUAUUCUUUCAUUGUGCCUACCAGAUGUUCAGCUUUGUAAAAUUUCAAAGCAUGGGUUUAUAUGUAGUUUAAAAUGUGAGAAUGUAGUAAUGAGUAUUUUACAGUACAUAAAAACAUUGCUCAGGAAUAGUCAGAGAAAUAUUUUUAGUGGGGUUUUUUUCCUAGCCUGCUGGAGACCAAAUACGAAAUUUUAAAUUGGUAAAGGCAACAGAUGUACAGUAUUAUAUUUCCAUAUUCAUUAUUUGUGAAGUUACAGUUAAAAUGAAUUGUAGUUGCAUGUACAUUCAGCUCUAUGCAAUUAAAGUGAAACAAUCUCACAUGCUCACAGAUCAAAUAAAUCAGCUGUGUCAGAGGUGUGGUGAAAGUCAAAGGAUGGUAUUCAACACCAGCAACUGUAGAGGACCAGCACAUUCCAUUGUUCCUAUUUCAUUCUUUUGUUCCAGACUCAUCAUCUAUUUCAGCUUUUUUUAGAUGAAAGGUUCUUGCAUCCAGUACUAGAAUUUCAAGCUGUGGCCAAAUUCUGCAAGCCUUCAUUAGUCACGUUUUUGAUUAACAGUAGUGACAGGUAGUAGGCCUGCUCUUGCCAGUAAGCACUACUGUAGUGCAUGAUUUUAGCACACUGUUCUAGAGCACUGUUACAAGCACCAAAAACAAGGUGAGCAGGCUCAGUAGUCAGAGUAGCAAGGUUUUUAAACAAAUUCUGUUAGAUGCAGUUAAUUUAGCAUGUUACAGCACUGAAUAUUAGUGUGUGCUAAAUUUUCCUCUGAAACGUUACUCUAUAUUGAUGCUUUCCUAGGUUAUAAGGAGGGUAUAUAGAUACAGGCAGAUUUUGCAUGAUCACUUCUUAAAGAACAAAUAAACAGUGUUGCAAGUCCGAGUUCUGGUUCAUCAUUAAGCUCUGACUGUGAUCUGGCCAAGUAAGUUUGUCUCACAUGAUAAUCAUACAACACUAAUUUUUGUUCAUUAAUUUGAUACUUCCAUAGUCGUCUUGGUUCACAUACAGAAACAGCUUCUAGACUGAGCAGACAUGCAAGGGUUGGAUUUUAUCCUGCCGCACUUUUGCUUAUGUUUUAACUUGAUAAUGUUCUGGGCUUAUAAAGAGCUCUGCUUACGAAUAGGACUCUGCUUUAGGUUUCCUUCAUUUUGUAUUGAUGGACAUUAUCUUUACAAGCACUUCUGAAUACAGCAGAAAAGUUUAUUCCAUCAAAUACAUUCAGCUUGGAAUUAAAGUACUUCCACAGGACAGUAUUUGUGUGGCCAUUUAUAUUUUUUCACUAUGUUUAGCAGUAUGAUUGUAUGUGUGUCUAAGCCUAGCAUUUACAAUGCUUCUUGAAGAACAAUUUACUGUGAUGUGAGAUAUUUAAAGAGUGGUUUAUUUUUUUUUUCUAGAUAAUUUAAGGGUUUAAUGUUCUGCAGUACUAUACAGAACAAAUAUGCUCAGGUUGCAUUUUAAAUAAAUAGCCAAAUUCUAUGUCAGUUAUAUUAGUAUAAACUUUGAACAACUGUAGUGUUUUCAAUGAAAUUACCCGGUUACAAAGAUGUGAAGAAACAGAAUUUUACUCCAAUAUGUACAAACUGUUUUCCUUAGUAAAGUUGAACUGUAUUUUUAAUGCAUAACUUGAAAUUUAAAACAUUGUUUCUCUCUUGACAUGGUUCUUUUUCUCCAUUACUUGCAUUUCUGCAGUGAAAUAAUGUGAUCAGUUAAUGUUUUAUCUCCCUUGCACCCCCUGAGACCUUGCAGCUUUCAGUUAUUUACAGCGGUUCUGAAGUUUCUGCACAAUGUCUCCAGGUCCUUGCUGUGUUACCAGUACAGGUAUCAAGCUUCUGCAGUGACUGAGAAUUUAUGCACCCAAGAGGGUUAUCGCUGUGUGAGCAAUGCCUACAAUUCUGGGAAGAGGGGCUUCACGUCUUCCCCAGGUGGAAGAGCCUUGCAAAGGAGACUCAAGUCAAUCCGUGCUGCUGGUUCAGUAUCGAUCAAGAGGUGGCCCCUUGUUAAAGCUGAUAAGGCGGACCGUGUUUUUCUUCCCAAAUGAGAGAUUACAUUUGCUGGUACAAAUUCAUGGGUGAUAGUGCUGCUCACAGAGGUGAAAAGGCUCAGCAGUGUUCGUUCUGACAAAUCUGAGUUCGGAGCAGAUGGGCUGCCACAAGCAGGGAGCUCAUCUCCCACUGAUGCCCCUCUCUCAAGAUGCUGUGGCCAUAGCUCUCAGCCAUGCCCCAAGUGCUGCCAUGCCCCUGGUGACCCGCAGAAGAGGGGUGUGAUGCUGCACGGGGUGGUUGCACUUACUUAAUUGGACUAAACUGCCUUGUUUGACUCCAGACUGCUCAGUUCUGCUGUAAUCCCGCUAUUGCUUGUGUGCUUUCUGUAUUUCAUUUAUUGUUGUUUGAGGUAACUUUUAUCUUGUAUUCGCUGUUUAAAGGAUCUUGUUAGAAGUUUGAGAAUGUUUUGACAGAGUUUAUUCAGUCAGUAUGUGAUACCUUUUUUGGAGUUGAUAUAGUUGAAAUUGCUACAGUAUGAAAUUCCCUUAAUGUACUAUUUUUUGCCUUAUUUUAAAGGUAUUGAGCCUUUGUUGCUCCCGUUGGCAUUAGUGGGUUUUCUUCUGAAAAAUAAACAGACUGCUCUGUCUAGAAAGACUGGAACUCAACUGAGAACUUGCAGCCCAGCUUUUGAUAUUGGUGAUCAUGUGUUCUUAUUUAUUUUAACUUUUUGUGGGUAUUUUUGCCAGUAAUUUCAUUGGAAAGUGAUCUUGUCAUUCAAAGUUACUAUAUAUUUACUAUAUUAAAAAUGCAAUA